AUGGCUUCCCCACCAUCAUCUACAACGUUGUUGAAGUCGACAUCGGCGCUGCCUCUUCUCAAUGGACACGUUUCUCCAUUGGCAAGCUCUACCCUCACGAACGACGAUGCUCCAUAUGACAGUGAAUCUGACCUGUCCGAGGUUGCCAAAUCUAUUGUCGACGAACCCUCACCGGCGCCAUCAAGAAAUCGCCAAUCCGAGUUUGGAGCUCAAGAUACUGAUGCCUCCGAGUCCUCCGCUGCAGAGGUUCAGGAUGAAUCUGAUGAUGCUGACUUCGACAUGGAAGACAGCCCACCUCACACAGCUCCAGAUAGAGCCCGUCAGGAGCGCUCAACCUCCGCCGAGUCUCGUCGUCCUGCGAAGCGAAAGCUAGGCCUCGAGGAUGAGCACAUUCUGGCCAACCCAGAGCUAUACGGUCUGCGAAGAAGUGGCCGUCCAGUCCAACACCGGACUAUCAUUGAAUCAGAUGAUGACGAGAACGACGACUCUGAGUCUGAUGUUGUUCCCGCUCAUAGGACGAAACGAAGAAAGCCGGAGCGAUCACAGCCAUCAUCGAAGCGUGAGACCCCAAUUCUCCGGUCAGCAUCCGGAUCCGAUUCGGACACAGACACCUACGGCGGCGCGCGAGCCCGAAGCACGACGAAGAAGCAUCGUCGCCGCCAGCUCGAAUCCGGAAAUCUUGCUCCCAUAUACCAAGAAAAGAGAUGGAACAGCCGCAGGGCUGCCCAAGUUACGGUUGGUGCUUAUCAGGAGAGUGAUGCCGAGAUGGAAGACGAAUCCGAAAUGAUGACACCAAACUAUUGGGCUGGCGAUACGGAGGAUACUACACCAUAUAUUGACGUCGUCCUCAAACACCGGCUCAAAGAAGGAAAAGAUAUCAACGAAGAAGACCUGGGUCGAGACGACUUCGAAUAUUAUAUAAAAUGGCAGGGCAAAUCGCACUAUCAUGCCACUUGGGAGACGACAUCUUCCCUAACAGGCAUGCGGGGCUUCCGCCGUUUAGAGAACUACUAUAGAAAGAUUGUCCUUGAGGAUAUAUAUAUGGCACGUGGCGACGACAUACCCCCCGAAGAAAAGGAAAAAUGGAUGCUGGAUCGGGAACGCGACUCUGAUGCCCUCCUUGACUACACCAAGGUCGAGCGGGUUAUCGGCACAAGAGAUGGUGAGGAUGAGACCGAAUACUACGUAAAGUGGAAGGGUCUUUACUACGAAUCUUGCACUUGGGAGGCGGCUUCGCUGGUGAGCAAGAUUGCUCAAGACGCAAUAGACCGCUUCUUGGAUCGUAGCUCGCGGUCAUUGACAUCGAAUCGAGAGGAGUCAAACCCCAACACUCGAGGCUCUCACGUGCCAAUCAGAGAGCAACCGUCUUAUAUAAAGAACGGCCAACUUCGAGACUUCCAAAUCACCGGCCUCAACUUCUUGGCAUACAAUUGGACGAAGAACAAGAAUGUCAUCCUUGCGGACGAGAUGGGGUUGGGCAAGACUGUCCAAACAGUAUCUUUCAUGAAUUGGCUUCGCCAUGACAGACAUCAGGAAGGACCCUUCCUUGUUGUGGUGCCGUUGACAACUAUCCCCGCCUGGGCUGAUACAUUCGACCAUUGGGCUCCAGACGUCAAUUAUGUCAUCUACAACGGCAAAGAGACUUCACGCUCAAUCAUCCGUGAGUAUGAGUUGCUGUCCUCUGGAAAUGUGAAGAGACCCAAGUUCAAUGUCCUACUCACCUCAUACGAGUACAUUCUUGCCGAUGCUACAUUUCUCGCUCAGAUCAAGUGGCAAUUCAUGGCUGUUGAUGAAGCACAUCGCUUGAAGAAUCGGGAGUCGCAAUUAUACCAAAAGCUACUUGAUUUCAAGGCGCCGAGUCGGUUAUUGAUUACGGGUACGCCAGUUCAAAACACAUUGGGGGAGUUAUCAGCUCUGAUGGACUUCCUUAUGCCCGGCGAGCUAGACAUCGAGGAGAACAUGGAUUUGACCGAAGAAGCUGCUGGUGAGAAGAUUGCCGCACUCACCAAUAAGAUCCAACCCUACAUCCUUCGCCGUACAAAGCAGAAGGUCGAGAAUGAUUUGCCUCCUAAGAGUGAAAAAAUCAUUCGUGUGGAGCUCUCCGAUGUUCAAUUAGACUACUACAAGAACAUCCUCACCCGCAACUACGCUGCUCUCAAUGAAGGGGCGAAGGGGCAGAAACAGUCACUUCUCAACAUCAUGAUGGAGCUGAAAAAAGCCAGUAAUCAUCCUUAUAUGUUCCCAAAUGCCGAGGAGAAGAUAUUGAAAGGAAGCGAGAGACGUGAGGAUCAAUUGAAAGGUCUGAUCGCCAGUAGUGGGAAAAUGAUGUUGUUGGAUCGACUUUUGACAAAGUUGAAAAGAGACAAUCAUCGAGUCCUCAUCUUCAGUCAGAUGGUGAAGAUGCUUGACAUUCUCGGCGACUAUCUACAGCUCCGUGGUUACCAGUUUCAGCGUCUUGAUGGCACCAUCGCCGCGGGUCCUCGUCGCAUGGCUAUCGACCACUUUAAUGCCGACGAUAGCAACGACUUUUGCUUUCUUCUCUCUACGCGAGCUGGUGGUCUUGGGAUCAAUUUGAUGACAGCAGAUACGGUCAUCAUCUUCGAUUCUGACUGGAACCCCCAGGCAGACCUCCAAGCCAUGGCUCGCGCACAUCGUAUCGGUCAGAAGAAACCGGUCAGUAUCUAUCGACUUGUCUCAAAAGAGACCGUCGAAGAGGAGGUCCUUGAGCGAGCUCGAAACAAGCUCAUGCUUGAGUUCAUCACUAUUCAGAGAGGCGUCACCGACAAGGAGAAGAAAGAGCUCCGAGAAAAGGCAGUUAAGGCUGGGAAGAUUGAUGAUCCCAAAUCAUCCGAAGAUAUCUCGAGGAUUCUCAAACGCAGAGGCCAAAAGAUGUUCGAACAGUCUGGUAACCAGCGAAAGCUCGAGGAACUCGACAUUGACUCGGUACUUGAGAAUGCCGAAGAACAUAAGACUGAGGUUCCUGAGGGCAUGGUUGCUGACGGUGGUGAAGACUUCCUCAAAAGCUUCGAGUACACUGAUGUCAAGAUCGAUCUUGAAUGGGACGACAUUAUCCCCAAAGAUCAACUUGCAGGAAUCAAGGCAGAAGAAGAGAGACGUGCUCAUGAAGAAUAUCUUGCUAAGGUCGUCGAGGAAAAUGCACCACGUAAAGCUGCUAUGAAGAAUACGGCUGAGUACGAGAGAGAGCAGCGACUAGCAAAAAAGAGAGAGCGCGAUCAAGCCAAGCAAGAUGAACUUGACGAGAAGAGAGAAGCGCAAGCCAAUCUUGCCGAUCCCAAGCGAGAGUUGAAUGAGAAGGAGGCCAGAAACCUUUUCCGAGCUUUUCUUCGAUAUGGAUCCAUUGAAGAGCGUGGAGAGGAGCUGGUCAAGGACGCCCGUCUUGUCGGUCGUGACAUAGACUUGUUACGAUCUGUCAUUAAGGCCAUUACGGAUGAAAGUGAGAAACGGCUGAGGGACGAUGCUGCGAGGAUCGAAGCCAUGGAGCGCGAGGCGAACAAACCCUUGACCAAGAAAGACAAAAAGGCUGUUCUUUUCGACUUUCUGGGCGUCAAAAGGCUCAACGCAGAAACUGUCAUCGAGCGUCCCGGCGAGAUGAGAAUGUUGAAAGAUCUCAUCAACUCUUCAUCCGACUUCAAGAACUUCCGUGUUACCGAUGCUUCAAAAGCCGCCCACUACUCCUGUGACUGGGGUGCUAGAGAGGAUGGUAUGUUACUUGUUGGCAUCCACCGGCAUGGCUAUGGCGCCUGGGUUCAGAUCAGAGAUGAUCCCGAUCUUGGGCUCAAGGAAAAGUUCUUCCUAGAGGAGCACCGAGUCGACAAGAAAGAGGAGCGCAAUAAGGGGGACGAAAAAGUAGCAAAAGCACCCGGUGCUGUUCACCUGGUUAGACGUGCGGACUACCUUCUUUCUGUCCUGAAGGCGAAAUACUUCGAUAACCAAGCUGCGAAGCUUGCCGUUGCGAAUCAUCAUAGAAACAACAAAAAGCAUGACCGUACUAACGGCCAUCGUCGAUCUGAAACGAGAGGCUCAGUAUCGGCUUCUCCGGCGCCUCAAUCGAAGAAGAUUCACCGCCACUCUGAGCACCAUAGUCGCGAUCGAGAAAAGGAUCGUGCACACAGCCAUGGCAAUUCACACGGUAAUUCGAGUACCGAUCCUCGUCGACACGGCAGCACAGAUGUCGCUACGCCCAAGUCAGGCUCUAGGGAUUUGAAGAGGAAGCUCAGUGGGCCAGAGGAGGAUCGUCAUCAUGAUCGCCACAGCAAGCAGCGUAAGUCAGAGAACGGCCAUUCAAAGUCGGGCCAUGAGCAAGAAGCUAUGCUCCGCCUCAUAUUUAAGGAUAUUAAGGACAGCCUCAAGCGUGUCCAGUCGGCCACGAAGGACCGCAUCAAGUCGCAAAAGGAACGUGCCAAUGUCAUGAAGGUAGAACUUGUCACCAUUGGCAACUUCAUCGAAAAUUUAGCCCAAGAGAGUCAGGAGGAGGAUGUUUCUGAUUCGGACCUCCGAAAGCGCUUCUGGGUCUACGUUGCUGGGUUCUGGCCUCUCGAUCCAAGUCCGCCAGGGACACAACUCGAGAACAUGUACAAGAAGAUUCUCAAGAAUCAGGCAGAAGAAGCCCAAGCCAAGAAAGCCGGUAAUCUUCCAGCGGCAGAUGCUAGUGGCUCAUCCGGUUCAUCGACUGCGAUCGUUAAGAAUUAA